AUGGUGGGAUUAACUAGUGUUUCACUGUGUUGUAUUGGUGGGAUUAACAAGUGUUUCACUGUGUUGUAUUGGUGGGAUUAACUAGUGUUUCACUGUGUUGUAUUGGUGGGAUUAACAAGUGUUUCACUGUGUUGUAUUGGUGGGAUUAACUAGUGUUUCACUGUGUUGUAUUAAGUAGUGACUAAGGUUGUGUUGUGUUAGUGAUGUUGUUUGUGAAGGUUGUAGUCGUGACGUUGUGUGAAAGUUGUGAGGUGGUUGUAGUCUUGACGUUGUGUAAAGGUUGUGUGAAGAUUGUAGUAAUUACGCUGUUGUGUUUCAGAGGAAGCGUCUGGAGGAGUCUCCGCCCCAUGUCACCAGCGUUCUGAACCUCAGCGCCUAUGAGAGGAGCCUCCUACUCCCCCACGACACCCCCUCCCCCUCCUCAACUCUGUCCUACGCCUCCUCCUCUCUCCCUCGUUCCUCCCCCUCCCUCCCCCGUACUCCCAGGUCUCCCAGUAUGGAACCCAGCGGUCGCGGCCUUCCCUCUCGUACCCUCACCCCCCUCCCCCCUGCUCCCACCACCCCCCUCCCCCUCUGUCCAUCCCCCCUCCCCGAGCCUCGACACGGGAUUCGCCACGUCACCUCACCCUCGCAGGAGCUCCGCCUGCACAACCAGUCAACCAGGUAA